AUGGCAGGGCCACAGCUGCGGGGAGCUAUUGGCGAAGCUAUCGUUGGUCCAAAGUCAGAGGAUGCAGGAUGCGCUGCCGUGACUCAGCAAUGCAGGUUUGCACAGAUCAACACAGAUCAACUUAAACGUGUUAUGUUUUCUCCGAAUUUCCCCGACAGAGAGGCCUGUGACGUGCAGCAGGAGACCCUGAGAAUCGUGGUGAACUUUGGCGAUGCGACUGUUGCGUUGGACGACGUGCCGCAGUGCGGGCUUGGCAUUGACUGGUCCGGAUGGAUGCAACCAAGGGUGUGCCCGCCAGUCAGUUCAUUCGUGGAGCCGCUUCUCCAAUGA